GCUGUUCGUACUUUAGAGCGAUAUCAUGGACAUUGUUCCAGAUGAAAUUAUCGCACAAAUACUGUCCUGCUUUCAUCCAAUCUAUGAAGAUCUUGCUGGAUAUUCUAUCAUAUGCCGAAGGUGGGAACGCAUUAUUCAGAACACCGGACUUCUUUGGAGACACAUUCACUUGCACGACGAUCGAGAUGCUAGAGAAACUUUGGAGGACGAAUAUGCCAGGGUACUGCAAAACUGUUUAAAGAGGUAUCGUCAAUUUAUACAGUGUGUCAGAGCAGAAGAUCAGUCGCUUUUUAUUCGCCCCGAACUCAGGCGGUUACUUCUAACUCUUCCGAACUUAACAAGACUAGAUGUACCAGUGCUUUCCUGGAGUAGAGUUUUCGCGCAGUCUUUAAAGAGUGCUCCGGUUUUAAAGUUCUUGACCAUCGAUGACUACAGGGCACUCUUAAAGAGACGAGCCAACAGUGGCAACCGAUAUUUGCGAAUACACAGACGCGGAAUUCGGGUUUGGGAUUUGCGGGUCCUUGCUCGGCAGUUCACAUCUUUGGAAUCGCUCACUUUAAACAUCAACAUUUUCAAGCUUUAUCGUUACGGGAUCAUACCAGUGCUUGACCAGCUGCGUUUAAAAGAGCUGCAUCUUGAGUGUGCUCCGUACGGCAUGGAUGAGAUUUCCAGCGAUACACUGGCGUCUCUUUCUCCUAUCAACGCUUUAAUGAACUCUCGACACGCCUCUAUUCUUGUGAGCCUCGAUCUACACUAUAUACCUUUAUCUACUCAAGACUUAGUGAGUUAUGUGGACAAUUUCAAGUGUUUAAAGCAGCUCUUUGUGGCCGUCUCAGAAGAAAGGAGUUUGCGCUCUUUGAGUUCCGUGGUUCUUAAAUCUGAGAGCGUUACAACGUUGUUUCUGACAGGUUUACCGAGCACAAACGUAAAAUGCUUAAAAUGCGUGAUGCCCAGAUUGGAAGUUAUCCUCAUUUCUGAAUGUCAUCAUAUUCUCUCGCUUGAAGUACUCGGUACAAAUAUACUGUCAUUCAUCCUACGGGGAAAUUGUCAACUGUCUAAAAUCAAAUUACAUUGCAAGAGCAUCCAUGACCUGCUGAUGUAUGACUGUCCGGCGAUUGAGUCUGCAAUGUUCUAUGAUUUCUUAUCUGAAUGUCCAAAUGUAAAGCAGAUGGAGUUAUCAGUGGACUGGGGAGUAAUAGAACUCAAUAGUAACUACUGUGGGAAUUUGAAACAGCUUACCAUCCGUGACGUGAGCAUGAGUCUCUCUAAGCUAAUAGUAGACUGCCCUUUUCUAGAGCAUUUCAAAUGCUCUGGAGAGGUUUUACCGGCAAAACACAGAAACAACAAAAACAUGGCUGGGUGUGAUAUAGAGGUACGCACAAAGCAUUUGAAAAAGUUUCAAAUGUGCGAUGUCGGCUGCGCCAAUCGCGUCACUGUACACUGCAUCGAGGCGAAUGUCAUUCAAAUCACCGGCAUACAUCCAUGGCGGAGGCCGCUAGUCGUGGAGCUAAACGCUGUGCGGCGCAUAGACGCAGUAUACUUUACUGGUUUGACUAUUGGCGCGAUCACGCUUAACUCAGACUAUGUUGAACAUGUCAUAAUCGGGAAAUGCUCUUUGGCAAAUAGCAAAAACGGGCGCGCAAUGCGAUUUAAGUGCGAAGAAAUUCGCGCGCUUCGCCUACUGGAUUGCCCUCGUAUGAAGAAAUUUUCCUUACAUGUGAAGUGUGUACAGAGUCUUUCUAUAGAAUCGUGCUCAAACCUUCGGGAUCUUGAUGUAAGUGCAUCCAAGCUUAGUCAUGUCAGAAUUAGCAAUUGUCCUUACUUAGAGCUGGUGAACCAAACUAUUGCUCAUAACACAUAAACGAAACCGGCCUUGAUUUUUGUUUAGUUAUAAAUUUCUUUGUUUGUAACAUGAACAGUGUAAAGAGUAGUUGAAAUAAAU